AUGUUCCGUCUCGCCCCAAUCCUUAGUCUGUUGGCUGUGCCAGCAGCUGCCCAGCAUGGCUACUAUUUCGUUCUUGGCACUGGUAUGCCUGUGACUAUUGAGCGACUCGACCCUCUUCUGAGCGACGGGAAGACGCCAUCCCAGCAUGUCCAUAGUGUUGUAGGGGGCAAUGGCUUUGCAGCCACAAUGGACUAUGCGCAAACCCAGACAUCCAAUUGCUCUACUGUGCAGCCCAUUGCAGAUAAAUCCAACUAUUGGAUGCCAAUCCUCUAUUUCCAGGACCCCAACAAUGGAUCUUUCAUCCGCGUCCCUGAGCAACCGUAUCAUAAGAUUUACUCUCUAUUAGACAAGUACGGCACUUCCUCGAACACAUAUGAUACAAGCAUUCAGGAAUUUCCCCAGGAAUUCCGUAUGAUUGGUGGUGAUGCGACACUGCGUGCUGAGAACGACACCCUCAUGGGUCCAUAUGGAAGUGGCUUGGAAUGGUUUUGCCAUGGCAAUGGAACAACGGAGUUCCCUGACAUCUCAGCUGUGGGCUUCCCGACAGGAUUUACAGCUUGUCCAAAUGGAUUUGCUGCGUCCAUUACGUUGCCAUCAUGUUGGAAUGGGGAUGACUUCAACCCUUCAAAUCCUUCUGCUCACAUGGCAUACCCGACUGCCGACGGUAUUGACGGCUGUCCUGAAACACACCGAGUUGCCCGCUUCCCACAGAUAUUUGUUGAGUACUGGCUCAACAUCGAUACAUUUGACGGUCUGUACACGGCCGACGACAGUCCAUUUGUCUUGACUAUGGGAGACGCGACUGGCUAUGGAUUUCAUGUUGAUUUCAUCAAUGGUUGGGAAUCUGGUGCCUUGAAUGCCACCAUGCCAACUUGCACACCUGGCAAUACUGGCAACCCGCCAUUAUCAGACCCGACCUGUUUUGGAAACCACGGAGGCAUCUACACGGACGAUGAAAUCGCGGACUGUUUGCUGCAACCAACCACAACUGAGGCGACCGGUUGGACGUAUCCUGAGAUUGACAACCCCCAGGGUGGUGCUUUGACGCACGGAGGAGUUCUUUCAGCACUUCCUGGCUGUCAGACCAUCACCAAGGGGCCAGACAGAGCGGUGUUGACGACUUGCAACGAGACGUCUCCUACUACUGAGGGAGAGGUUGUACAGACAGACGAGGUGGGAGUGUGCAAUUUCGACUAA